AUGCUCCUGGGAAUCACAGGGACCAUGCUCCUGGGAAUCACAGGGACCAUGCUCCUGGGAAUCACAGGGACCAUGCUCCUGGGACUCAAAGGGACCAUGCUCCUGGGAAUCACAGGGACCAUGCUCCUCGGACUCACAGGGACCAUGCUCCUCGGACUCACAGGGACCAUGCUCCUGGGGCUCACAGGGACCAUGCGUCUGGGACUCACAGGGACCAUGCUCCUCGGACUCACAGGGACCAUGCUCCUGGGGCUCACAGGGACCAUGCUCCUGGGACUCACAGGGACCAUGCUCCUGGGACUCACAGGGACCAUAUGCUUCUGGGACUCACAGGGACCAUGCUCCUGGGACUCACAGGGACCAUGCUCCUGGGACUCAAAGGGACCAUGCUCCUGGGAAUCACAGGGACCAUGCUCCUCGGACUCACAGGGACCAUGCUCCUGGGGCUCACAGGGACCAUGCGUCUGGGACUCACAGGGACCAUGCUCCUGGGACUCACAGGGACCAUACCCUGGGACUCACAGGGACCAUGCUCCUGGGACUCACAGGGACAAUGCUCCUGGGACUCACAGGGACCAUGCUCCUCGGACUCACAGGGACCAUGCUCCUUGGGUUCACAGGGACCAUACUUCUGGGACUCACAGGGACCAUGCUCCUGGGACUCACAGGGACCAUACCCUGGGACUCACAGGGACCAUGCUCCUGGGACUCACAGGGACAAUGCUCCUGGGACUCACAGGGACAAUGCUCCUGCGACUCACAGGGACAAUGCUCCUGCGACUCACAGGGACCAUGCUCUUGGGACUCACAGGGACCAUGCUCCUUCAACUCACAGGGACCAUGCUCCUGCGACUCAAAGGGACCAUGCUCCUGGGACUCACAGGGACCAUACCCUGGGACUCACAGGGACCAUACCCUGGGACUCACAGGGACCAUGCUCCUGGGACUCACAGGGACCAUAUCCUGGGACUCACAGGGACCAUGCUCUUGGGACUCACAGGGACCGUACUCCUGGGACUAACAGGGACCAUACCCUGGGACUCACAGGGACCAUGCUCCUGGGACUCACAGGGACCAUGCUCCUGGGACUCACAGGGACCAUACCCUGGGACUCACAGGGACCAUACCCUGGGACUCACAGGGACCAUGCCCCUGGGACUCACAGGGACCAUAUCCUGGGACUCACAGGGACCAUGCUCCUGGGACUCAUAG